AAAAAAAUGCUCAACCACUCUCGUUCCGAUUUGUGGUCAGGAAAAUCUUCUCGGAUCAUCACGAGUUAUUCAUCACCAUCUUCAUGGAUGAUGGUUAUUGUAUUGGUGUUGUUGAUGAUUUUUAAUGUGAUGAUAUCUUUUACUAGUGCACAAUAUGCACCAAAUCCAAUUUUAUAUGAAGUUUCAACUCGUCCAUGGUUAUAUGAAUUAUCACAAAAGUAUGGUUAUCAAAUUCGUUUGAACAAUAUUCCAAUGAAGGAAUUUCAAGCAUUGAAAAAUCAAGGAGUUCAAUAUAUUUGGAUGAUGGGAAUGUGGACUAUUGGAAACUAUGGUAGAUGUAGAGCUACUGAUCUUGCUAUGAGAGCUACUGAUUAUGCAGUUAAUUUACCUGAUUAUCAAAUGAGUGAUAUUAUUGCAUCUCCAUAUCAAGUUUUGGAAUAUACUGUCAAUCAACAAGAAAUAGGAACUGAUAAUGAUUUGAUUAAUUUGAGACAACAAUUGAAUGCUAUGGGAUUAAAAUUAAUGCUCGAUUUUGUUCCAAAUCACAGUGCAGUUGAUAAUCCACUCGUUGAAACAAAUUCAUCCAUGUUUAUUUUGGCUCCACCAAAUCUUUCACCACCUUAUGAUGCUUAUUCCUAUCUUCCAAAUGGAGUUGCAUACGGAAAGGAUGGUUAUUUUCCUGCUUGGACUGAUACUGCUCAAUUCAAUUAUUGGAAUCAACAGACUAGAAAUUACCAAUUAGGAAAUCUAAUGAAAGUUGCCAGCAUGGCUGAUGCAAUCAGAUGUGACAUGGCUAUGUUGCCACUCAAUUCUCAAAUUACCAGAAUCUGGGGACAACAACUCAAUCAAAGAGGAUACACUCAACCAUCGACUGAAUUUUGGCAAUGGGCAAUUUCAACUGUUAAGUCCAAAUUCCCAAAUACUAUCCUUUUAGCUGAGGUUUAUUGGGGUUUGAAUGGAGAAUUACAACAACUUGGAUUUGAUUUUACCUACGAUAAGGAUUUAUAUGAUGCCUUGACAGCUAACAGUAAUACUGCUAAUAUUCAUACUUAUUUCCUCAACCAACCUUUGUCUUAUUUGGCUCACUCUGCUCACUUUGUAGAAAACCACGAUCAAUCAAGAGCUGUUGCUAACUUUGGUUCUGUUGAUAGAGCUAAUGCUGCCUGUGCCAUUUCCUUCUCUGUACCUGGUAUGAAAUUUAGUUAUUUCGGCCAAUGGGUUGGUAAGAAGAAUCCACUCGUUGUUCAAUUGAGAAGAAGUACCACUGAACCAGUUCAACCAGAUGCUAUUAAUUUCUAUACUGCUUUCAUUCCAAUUGUUGCCAACUUUACAGUUCCUGGAUCAGUAUUCUCAUACAAGACUGUUGGUCAAAGCAAUAUUGCCUAUCGUGUAUUCGCUUUCCAUUGGAGAGUUCCAUCCACUGGCUACAGCUAUUUGGUUACUGUUAAUUAUAGUGCUAAUCAAGGAAAUGGUGCAAUCAUUCUCGAUGAUGUACCAAAUACUAAUACUGAUAUUAUUUUUGUUGAGCUCUUCUCUGGAACUCAAUAUUCCAGAAAUGCUCAACAAGUAAGACAAAGUGGUUUGUUUGUGGUUUUGGAUAGUUAUCAAGUUCAGAUUUUUAAAUACCAAUCCACCACUCCUUCCUUUAAAUUUAAUAUUAAAAAACAUUAAUUUAUUCCGAAUAAAUAGAUACAAUUUCUUUUC